AUGAAUAAUCCCGGUAAACCACGGGUUCAGAAGGACAGUAUGCCUGACAAUGAGUCUCAAGAAAUGCUACAAAAGCCCUCACAAGAAGCAGAGAUAGAUUUGAGAGAUGCUGUUUCUGAAGACCCAAUAUGUCCUGGUUUUAAUACUAAGGACUCGUCAAGCGACUAUGGAGAUGACAGCUUCAGUGAUUUGCCUUCACCGACUGAUUUGCUUCUUGGCCACACUACUGGAUUGACAGACAGAAAUGAUCAGACCACCAGUAAAGAGACGUGCUUAGAGAAAAAUUUCAAAACAAAGGACGAUUGGAUUUACACAGAUGAGCAAUGGUUUACAAUAUCACCCUCGCUUCCUGACUCGCUUUUGCAAGGCAAAGAUGUAACCGCUACUGAGGUCGCAGGGAUAUUCAGGGAAUCUGUGGGCGAACCAAGGACAAGCAGUUCAAAUGGCGAUCAAGGAGUCAAGUAUGACAACCAAACUACUGAGAUAAGAGAGAUUGAACACCUUGGGAAAAAGCGAAGGCGCUCUUUGGCUUCUGGGGACAAAGCUUACGAUAAGAGAAUCACGAAGAAACAUAUAGACAACCCAGCCACUGAGAGUUCUGCAAGUCAAAGCCAAUACCGCAGUGAUGACACAUCAAGUGGCUACAAUCAGAAUCCUCAGUCUUGUGAACUCACUCAUUCACUUGAAAUCUGGGAUGAUAUUGAUCCGACUCUGCUAGACGAGUUCAAAGACAUUGUUAGCUUCUUCUAG